UUAUCAUUUUUGAAAUCUGGAUUUAUUAAGUGGUAAACAUCUCCCGGGCAGUGGUGGCAUGAGGUUAAAUUAAUUUUGUCUGACUCAUAGCCCGGCGUUGACAAUUCUGAAAAAAAUGUAAGCAAAGCAACAUCUGUUGUCGACUCAAGUGUUAUUGGAUUAAUAUAGCAGAAUAACGUGGACACAUUUUUCCUUUAUGCUAUUAUUUUCUUGCAAUUGAGCAAAAUUAUUGUACAUUCAUGUAGUUACGGUUAUUGUUAAAUGAGAAACUAUUUACCACCAAUAUUAUUUCAAAAGGUGUUUUAAUACAAUAAACAUAAAAUGGAUAUUAGAAGAUCGAUUUUGGUCAGCUGUUAAAAACGUGAUAUUGUUUUUUUUUUCUUUUAAAGACUUGGAAUUUUAUGUACGUCUGCUACAUAAAAUGAAUGACAAAACGGAAGUAUCGAGAUUUGCUAUUGGAGCAGACGACUCGUCUUCUUACUACAGCUUCACUUCAAACAUGUCCGUAAAUACUGCUGCGGAAAAUGACAAUGGAUUUUGGACUCGGUUUACACAGUUCUUCCAGAGGGUCAAGGACAGUUCAACAUCCCCGCUUAUUGAGAACGCGCCAAAUGUCAAAAGGACUCUGAACUCAUUUAGCGGGGUCUUCGCACCAGUCGCACUGUCUAUGUUCGGAAAUCUUCUAUUUAUUAGAAUCGGUUUUGUAGUCGGUCAGGCUGGUAUAUUGGAGACGAUACUACAGCUUAUUCUAGCCUACACUAUACUCGUAUUAACUGUGUUCAGUAUAUGUGCGAUAUCAACAAAUGGUGCCGUGGAAGGGGGCGGGGCUUACUAUAUGAUCAGCAGAGCCCUGGGUCCGGAGUUUGGUGGUAGUAUAGGGUUCCUGUUCUAUGUGGCCAAUGUGCUGGCAUGUGCCCUAUAUGUGAGCGGCUUCACUGAAGGUAUCUUAGAAAACUUCGGUGUUGGAGGUUACUUCAUGGAUGAUGAUACAGGCCUACCUGUGAAGGGAUCCUGGUGGAAAUAUCUGUAUGCCACUAUUGUACUGGUCCUAUGUCUGCUAGUUUGUUUGGUGGGUGGAUCCAUGUUUGCUAAAACUCUGGCAGUCAUUCUUGGGAUAACAGUGAUAUGUACAUUGAUGGUAAUUAUCAGUAUAUUUGGCCAGAAUCAUACUAUAGCAGUUGAAGUGCCGAAAGCAAAUCAUUUAGCACACCAUAGACAUGAAAACGAAACAAUUAAUGGAACUCUUACAUUUGACUACACGGGUCUUACUGCCAAGACAUUCAGGGAUAAUUUAUAUUCAAGCUACGAGAGAGACUAUAGCACAUGUAGUGAUGAGAAAUCUAAAGAAGGUCCUUGUACCGUGAUGAGCUUUGCUACAGUGUUUGCUAUAUUGUUCAGCAGUGUUACAGGAAUUAUGAACGGGGCGAAUAUGUCGGGAGAAUUGAAGGAUCCAAGCAAGUCCAUUCCAAAAGGGACAUUGGCUGCUGUAGGGUUUACAUUUGGUACAUAUCUAAUAGAAUCAAUCCUCAUAGGUGGAUCUUGUGAUAGAAAACUUCUGAUCAACAACUAUAUAUUCCUGCAAGACAUAAAUUACUGGCCAUAUUUUGUUCUGAUUGGAAUAUUUGCUACAACUCUGUCUGCUGCACUGGGCAACCUGAUUGGAGCUUCACGUAUCUUAGAGGCACUGGCAAAAGAUCAACUAUUUUGGUUUGUACUAAAUCCAGCAACAAAAACAACCAGGGGGGGUAAUCCAUAUGUUGCAGUCCUUAUUACAUGGAUUUUAGUGCAACUGGUAUUGUUAGUCGGCUCCUUGAAUGCCAUAGCUCCAGCUACCUCCGUGUUUUUCUUGUUGUCCUACGCCUCAACUAACCUGGCUUGUAUGGCAUUAGAUCUUGCAUCGGCCCCAAACUUCAGGCCGACGUUCAAGUACUUCAGUUGGCAUACAUCAUUUUUGGGGUUAAUCGGUUCAUUGGUCAUGUGUUUCCUCAUUAGCUCCCUUUACUCCUCCAUCGCCAUCAUUAUAAUGCUGAUUCUUAUUAUACUUCUACAUUUCCGGUCUCUACCAACCCAGUGGGGAUCCAUCAGUCAGGCACUUAUCUUUCAUCAGGUAAGAAAGUACUUGCUCAUGCUAGACAUUCGUAAAUCCCAUGUAAAAUAUUGGCGUCCACAGAUCUUACUAAUGGUUGCGAAGGUGAGACAGUCGGCUGAACUAAUUGAUUUCAUAAAUGACAUCAAGAAAGGAGGUUUGUACAUAAUAGGACAUGUUCGAGUAGGGACUUUAGACGAUUAUCCAGAGAAAGAUCCCUUGCUGGAAGAAAAUCCAAAAUGGCUGAAGUUGGUGGAUAAACUACGCAUAAAAGCCUUUGUUGAGUUAACACUGUCUCAGAAUGUACGUGACGGUUUUCACCACCUUGUUAGAAUGUCCGGUUUAGGUGGCAUGAAACCGAACACAGUUUGCCUUGGUUUCUAUGACAACAGUCUCCCAACCGAUUCAUUGACGAAUAGGCCAAUAAGAAAGAAAGGUUUAUUUAAAUCGAGGGACACUCAACAGUUUCUAGAAAUUGGUGAACAGUUUGGGGGAAUUCGAAAAAAUGAUAAGAAAGAUUUAACAGCGAAAGAAUACGUAAAAAUAAUUUCCGAUACUCUGAAAAUGUCUAAAAACGUCAUGCUGUGCCGUCAUUUCAAUCAGCUGGACAAGGGUGCUCUCUUUAACAUGAGGGGGAUUCUAUACAUCGACGUUUGGCCAGUGAACUUUUUCCGUCCCGAGACAGCUAGUUAUUUCGAUAACACAUGCCUUUUCCUGCUGCAGUUAGCCACUGUGAUCAACAUGGUCCCUGGAUGGAAGUCUAAAACGUGUUUACGAGUGUUUCUAUUUGUAAACAAUAAUACUGAGAAUUCCACAGUGAAGGAACAAAAAUUAGAGACCUAUUUAAGACAACUUCGAAUCAUGGCCAAAAUUCAGAUAAUUUCUUGGGAAAGUAUUUCCCAAGAGCUUUUGGGCAGGGAUAUGUUUGACAUUAGCGUGAAUUAUCCGGAGUCAAGAAUGCAGGAAUAUAAAGAAAUGGGCAAUGAGUUUGUCAAGGCUGUCAAUGAAAAAAUCAAAUCUAAUUCAACCCGCACAGCUCUAACAUUCUUAUACUUGCCCCUCCCACCUUCAGGAGGCGGGGAGGAGGUGUAUAUGAGACAACUUGACGAGUUGUCCGACAGUCUACCGCCAACGGUUUUUGUACAUGGUUUACAUCCGGUUACAUCAACUACUCUAUGAUCUACCGGAAGACUGAUCUUGUGUAUAUGUAGUUAUAGAAAUAAUUUACCGCCAAAGUGCUGUACAUCCUGAGUUGAUGUAUCAUUGAAAUAACCUCAAAGUGCUGCACAGUGUACAUUGGGAGUUCAUUUACCAUAAAAUCCACAUUAACUGUUAAAAGAUUUUACCGACAGUGUAGUCCUGUCAAUUCAAUUUCCAAGAUUUAUUUGUUAAUUUAUGUGCUAGAUAUUUAUUAAUAACAAAUAACUGAGCAGGGUUUAAAAAAUGUCUUUUGUACACAAAGAUGAAUAAUUAUUUCUGCAUCCAUUCAAAGGAUCAAGGGUGUCAAUUAUCAAAGAAUUUGACUCACAACAAUUUUGGAGCAGUACCUUUAGAUGCAGAAAUCAUGAUCACAAAGUGGAAAAAUACUGCAAUUUUUGCUGACUCUUACAUUUUUAUUCAUUUUCAUAAUUAUAUAAAUCAGUGUGUCAAGAUGAAUUAGACGUCUUACAGUGCGUUUCAGCAACUGAAAAUGCAAAUGUGAUAUUUUACAUUUAAUCAUUCAAGCGCAUUAUCCAGUUUAUACAGGAAUACAGUAUUUAGUGUGGCGCUCCAACACUUAUUUUAGUCUCACUCAUUAUGAAAUGUAAACCAAAAACUUAACAGUAACCAGAAUAGAAUUAUUAAGUUUUUCUUAGUAAGCAUAAAAAUCAUAAUUUCACAAAUUGAUACACAUUUUAUUUUUUUGUUUACUGAAUUUCAAAUAUGCUGUAAAUAUAUCACACAUAUUCAAGCCAGCUGUUCAUUUUUGCUUCAAUAUAAUACUGAAAACUGAUAAAAACUUGAAAAUUUAGUACUAAUUUUUUUCAAGGAUUUAACUGUAAAGCAGCACACCUCCAGAUUCAUGCUAGGUUUUCAUGAAAACUGUAAAUAUUAAAGAAAGUAAUUUAGUCAGUGCAUACGGCACUUACAAUCAAAAAGAGGUUCAAAAUAUGAAAAAAUAGAGCUUACUGCAUUAAGCAUGCCAUAGAAAUAUGGUGAUUAAUACAUUUUUGUACUGCAAAACCAGUCAUUAAUGGCACAUAACAUGUAAAUUAUUACUUGAAUUUUGAAUCGUUUUACUUAGUACAUUUUUACCAAGUUUGAUUUUCUUGAAAUAAUUUGACUCAUCUGGAGGCAUGCAGCUCUAAUGGAACUGAAAAUGUACAGAAAAGACAUUAUUUACUGCAUUAGAGUUUUCAUAUGGCUUGAAAUGUCACAUAUCAAUAUGGGUCAUUCAUGUUAGUUACCAGUCAUGAAUAUUUAUGUAGGAUUUAUUUCCCUUGUUUACAAUCAGGGUUUUUGUCAAGUAAAAAAAAAUCACUGUUAUGAAUAUGUUACAGUAAUCUGGUCCAUAAUGUAAAGUCUGUGUCAUAACUUGUAAAGCUUUGUGAAAGAGGCAAUUUGUUUGAAGUGUGCAAUAUUGUAGUGCUUUCUUGUAUUUCAUACUCAUUCUUCACCCUUUAACCUCCUGAUCUUGUGUAAUGGAUUUGCCCUGCUUUAUAUUUGGAA